AUGUCUUAUUUAGCUAGAACUGUAGUUUUAAAUAAUGCUUUAAAAAUGCCUGUUGUUGGUUUGGGGUGCUGGAAAAUCCCUAACGCUGUUUGUGAACAACAAGUCUAUGAAGCCAUUAAAAUAGGUUAUAGAUUAUUUGAUGGUGCGCAAGAUUAUGGUAAUGAAAAAGAGGUUGGUAAAGGUAUUAAAAGGGCAAUUAAGGAAGGUAUUGUUAAAAGAGAAGAUCUAUUUAUUGUCUCCAAAUUGUGGAAUUCAUAUCACAAACCUGAACAUGUGGGCCUAGCUCUUAAUAAAACUUUGGAAGAUUUGCAAUUGGAUUAUUUAGAUUUAUUUUAUAUUCACUUUCCUAUUGCAUUUAAGUUUGUUCCGAUUGAGGAAAAGUAUCCACCUGGGUUUUACACUAGUGAAACAGAUUUUGAACAGGGAAAAAUUACAUUGGAAAAAAAUGUGACUAUUCUAGAUACUUGGAAGAGCUUGGAGAAAUGUCACGAAAAAGGUUUAAUUAAGGGUAUUGGUAUUUCUAAUUUCCGGGGUUGCUUAAUUCAAGAGUUAUUGAACAGCGAUUGUAAGGUCAAGCCUGUUGCUUUACAGAUUGAGCAUCAUCCUUAUUUAACACAGGAACAUUUAAUUGAGUAUUGCCAGUCAGAAAAUAUUCAAGUUGUAGCAUAUUCUUCAUUUGGACCACAAUCUUUUAUUGAGUUGAAUAGCGAUUUGGCAAUCAAAACACCCAAGUUGUUUGAUCACCCUGUUAUUAAGAAAAUUGCUGCUAAACAUAAUGUUAGUGAACCUCAAGUUUUAUUAAGAUGGGCUACCCAAAGGAAUGUAUGCAUUAUCCCCAAAUCUUCCAAACCUGAUAGAUUGCUAGUGAAUCUAACAGUUGAAAAAAGGUUAACGUUGACCGAUUUAGAGUUGCAGGAAAUUUCCGAAUUGAAUAAAAAUAUUAGAUUCAAUGAUCCAUGGGAUUGGUUAAAUUCCAAAAUACCAACAUUUGCUUAA